AAAUCCCGACGAUGAUGGCCACUACAUCUUGUACGGAACACGCAUUGACUUCAGUGGAUAACAAGAAGUCAAGAAGGCAGCCUCGUUGCCAAUAACUUCAUGCCUUUGCUAUUUUUCACGAUCUCUCCUUCCUUCCUCCUCCUCCACUUCUUCUUCUUCUACGUUUGCUAUUAUAUAUUGUUACCCGUCAGCAUCACCUUUCCGCAAGAUUCUUUCUUUCCCGAGCUCCACUGAGCUUUGGGCUGUGGCUGUGUGAAUCAUUUGACGUUGUGGCCAGCUUCCCCUUUUCACACCGCACGCUUCCUGCUUCUUUUACUUUUCUUGCUUCCCGUUCUGUCUUCCCCACCUGAUCAUUUUCAUUUACUUUCGCGGAGAAUUUCUUCAGUCUCUAGAUUGGAGGCAGAGAGAGAAGCUCUAUUUUUCCACACCGAAGAUGAUGACAGAGUAAUAUGCUAUGGGUUUCCUGGAUUCGUAAAUUCCCGAUCUCCCCACAACGGUCGGCUUUGUUUAGGGAGGUAAAGGUUCACUGGAAUUGGUGUCAAUGGAAGCUCCAGAGAGGCAGCAAAGUUUGCGCCGGAAGACAAUGACAAAGCAGUUGACUGGAAAACGGGACGACACGCCUUUGCAUAGGGCGGCGAGAGCGGGAGAUUUAGAAUUGGCUAUGGAGAUCUUCUCCAACAGUGGGGAGGCAGAGUUGAAGCAAUUGUUGUCCAAGCAGAACCACUCGGGUGAAACUACUCUCUAUGUUGCUGCUGAAAAUGGUUUUGUUGAUUUGGUGAAGGAGAUGAUAAAGUUCUAUGAUAUUGGUAUGGCUGCUACCAAAGCUAAGAAUGGCUAUGAUGCUUUCCACAUUGCUGCCAAGCAAGGCGACUUGGAAAUAUUGAAGGUCCUAAUGGAUGCCAUUGAUCCUGAACUUUCAAUGACCGUUGAUCUAUCCAACACCACUGCAUUACAUACUGCGGCAGCUCAAGGCCAUAUAGAAGUGGUCUCUUUUCUCUUGGAGAAAGGUAGCAGCUUGGCCACCAUAGCCAAAAGCAACGGGAAAACUGCCCUCCAUUCAGCUGCAAGGCACGGAUAUUUGGAGGUUGUCAGCGCCCUUUUGAGCAAAGAACCUGGCCUCGCAACAAGAACUGACAAGAAGGGGCAGACAGCUCUCCACAUGGCAGUGAAGGGACAGAAUGUCGAGCUCGUGGAUGAACUGGUGAAGUCAGAUCCUUCUUUGAUAAACAUCAUUGAUAACAAAGGCUGCACAGCAUUGCAUAUAGCAACACGGAAGGGUCGCUUGCAGAUUGUUCGUAAUCUAGUAGCUAACAAGGGAAUGGAUGCAAUGGCCAUCAGCAAAUCCGGACAAACUGCACUUGACAUUGCCGACGGAGCGGGGUACUCUGAGGUUGCCGCCGUUCUACGAGAGCACGGCGUUCAAAGUGCCAACUCCAUCAAACCGGCGGCUACAAACCCGGCCCGAGAGCUGAAACAAACCGUGAGCGACAUAAAACACGGCGUGCAUAAUCAAAUAGAGCACACACGGCAAACGCGACAGCGAGUGCAAGGCAUUGCAAAACGGCUCAACAAAAUGCACACGGAGGGGCUUAACAACGCAAUAAACUCCACCACAGUUGUUGCUGUUCUCAUUGCUACCGUCGCCUUUGCCGCCAUCUUCAAUGUCCCCGGCCAAUAUGCCGAUGACAAAACGAAACUGACUCCCGAAUAUAAGCUUGGGGAAGCAAAGAUCGCCCCCAAACUCGAGUUUAUUAUAUUCUUCAUCUUUGACUCUACUGCCCUCUUCAUAUCAUUGGCUGUCGUGGUCGUUCAAACUUCAAUUGUGGUGAUAGAGAGGAAGGCGAAAAAGAAAAUGAUGGCGGUUAUAAACAAGCUAAUGUGGUUGGCUUGUGUGCUGAUCUCGGUGGCAUUUCUUGCACUGUCGUAUGUUGUUGUGGGGAAGAACGACAGGUGGUUGGCGGUCGGAGUAACGGCCGUAGGGACAUUAAUAAUGGCAACAACGUUGGGAACGAUGUGUUACUGGGUGAUUUUGCACCGAAUUGAGGCUUCUAAAAUGCGGAGCCUUAGGAGGUCAUCGAUGAGCAGUAGGUCAAGAUCAUAUUCUAUGUCGGCGGUAAUCUCGGAUUCCGAGAUCCUAGAAAAUGAGUUUAAGACAGUCUAUGCGAUUUGAUCAGAUCUGGGUCUGGUAUGCCCCCAUUGUUUUGGAUCUCACAAAACAUGAAUCUUUCCUUCCCUCCUUGUAUGUAUAGAUCCCUUGUUAAUUUCAUCCUUCUGCUAUAGCAAAUGGAAUGGAUGCUUCCACAAGGAUGGUUUAUGAUUUUGUGCAUAUUUUUUUGAAUGAUCUAUCAGAUCAUGUAUCUUUUCUUUUAAAGCAAUUAAUGUAGUUCUAGUUAAGUUUACAAGA